AUGGAUUUUAUCCGAGUUAUUACUCUGUUUUCUUUCUUAUUCUCUGUUGUCGUGGCAUUCCCCCAGCAGACUGCCGCGGGUACAACAACCGCAAUUCCGGCGACGAUUACCAAGGCUGCGUCGCUAAGCUGCUCGGACGGCCAGACCGCUGUCUAUACGACAGAUUGUACGAUGGGAACUCCUACAUCGUACUGCGCUAGACCGGAGCCCCCAUCCAGUGCUCGGAGGGGUACUUCCCCUCGGUUUGGCACCCAGGUCAUUGCAUGGAGCAGUCGACCUGUUUCCCUGUUGAUGCGUCCUGGAUCACGACUGAGUGCUCACAUGGGGCAAUUCCUUGGACAACCUCGACUUUCCGUUUCCUGCUCCUGUACCAGGGACCAAUGGUAUAGCAUGACCAUUCUCCCAGGCGCAUCCACCGUCGACACGUUCUGCAUGCCUUCAAGCUCCUGUCCAGCGGGCAUGACAACCUCAGUCUCGACCAACACUUACUGCGCAACGGCGCCGGCAAGUGUGUGUUCAGAUAUUCCCUUGGAGACCAACUACUGCAAGUGUGAGUCGGCAGCGCAGACACCAGUAUAUCCUGACUCUGUUGGGGCGGCUCCAACCGGAUGUAGAUCUUGA